GUACUUCUUAAGUCAAUACCUCCUAACCCCUGCCUGUCUCGGUGCAGUUCAGAGGCCUCAUCCUUCAGCUCCUUCUCACUUCACAGGAGCCCACUUCUUAAAGGUGGCACUGUCCACACCAUGAGCAUCCCAGAUAGUUCCCUGGAGGACAGCCCAGAGGAAGAGGCAGGAAGACCUGGAUGCAAGCCCAAGGUCAAAGAUGCUUUCAAAGAUAUUUCCAUGUACUUUUCCAAGGAAGAAUGGACAGAAAUGGGAGAAUGGGAGAAGAUCCACUAUAGAAAUAUGAAAAGAAACUACAAUAUGCUGAUUUCUAUAGGUCUCAAAGCCCCACGACCAGUUUUCAUGUGUCACCGAAGGCAAGCCAUCAAACCUCAGGUGGAUGACACUGAUGAUUCUGAUGAAGAAUGGACACCUAGACAGCAAGUCAAAUCUCCUUGGGUGACCUUCAGAACCGAACAGAGUAAGCAUCAGAAUCAGAAGGGAAUGCCUAAGACACCAUUAGGUAAGAAACCCAGUUUGAAGAAGUUCUCAGGAAUUACAAAUGUGCUGAAGACAAGCGGAUUAGAACAGGUCCAGACAGUGUCCCCUCCUGGAGAAGCAAGUACCUAUAGACAGCACUACAAACAAAAUUUGGGACCCAGGACAAAGGAGGUAAAAAUGAGGAUGUACAGCCUGCGAGAAAGAAAGGGUUAUACUUAUGAAGAGGUCAGCGAGCCCCAGGAUGAUGACUAUCUCUAUUGUGAGCAGUGUCAGAACUUCUUCAUCAACAGCUGCAUUGUUCAUGGGCCACCUAUAUUUGUAACAGACAAUGUGGUGGACAGGGAGCACUAUGACCGUUCAGUCCUCAGUCUGCCCCCUGGGCUGAGAAUUCGACAAUCUAGUAUUCCUGAGGCUGGGCUUGGAGUAUGGAAUGAGGAAUGUGAUCUACCAUUGGGUCUGCACUUUGGCCCCUAUGAGGGCCAGAUCACAGAAGAUGAAGAUGUAGCCAAUAGUGGAUACUCCUGGAUGAUCACAAAGGGGAGAAAUUGCUAUGUGUAUGUAGAUGGAAAGGAUAAAUCCCAGGCCAACUGGAUGAGGUAUGUGAACUGUGCCCGAGAUGAUGAGGAGCAGAACCUGGUGGCCUUUCAGUACCACAGGCAAAUCUUCUACCGAACCUGCCGUGUCAUCAAGGCAGGCUGUGAGCUGCUCGUCUGGUAUGGGGAUGAGUAUGGACAGGAACUGGGCAUCAAAUGGGGCAGCAAGUGGAAGAAAGAGCUCACAGCAGAAACAGAACACAAACUGGAAAUCCAUCCGUGCCCCUUGUGCUCUUUGGCCUUCUCCAGCCAGAAAUUCCUCAGUCAACACAUGGAGCACAGUCACCACUCACAGACCUUUCUAAGAACAUCUUUCAGAAAAAAUUUCCAACCAUGGGACCCCUAUCAAGGGGAUCAGCUUCAGGAGCAACAACAUCUAUACAACCAGAACGACAAAGUUGCAGAUCAAGAGAUCAAAGGAAGCUCCAAACCCACACAUAAAAACACCACACAUGGAGUUAUUUCAAGGGCCUUUUCAAGCACACCCAAAGGACAGGUGGGGAGACCUGGAGGGACUGAGAAAACGAUGGAUGAAGAGCUCAGAACAGUCCAGAAAGUGAAUCCAGAUGCUGCAAGCAAAUUAUUUGUGAAAGCAGGAAUCUCAAGAAUUGUACCAGUAAAGAAUGACAAGUCAAAUAUCAAGCACCAGCCGACACACACAGGGGAGAAGCCCUAUGUCUGCAGGGAGUGUGGGCGGGGCUUUACAUGGAAGUCAGACCUCACCCGGCACCAGAGGACACACACAGGGGAGAAGCCCUAUGUCUGCGGGGAGUGUGGGCGGGGCUUUACAUGGAAGUCAGACCUCACCGGGCACCAGAGGACACACACAGGGGAGAAGCCCUAUGUCUGCAGGGAGUGUGGGCGGGGCUUUACAUGGAAGUCAGACCUCACCCGGCACCAGAGGACACACACAGGGGAGAAGCCCUAUGUCUGCAGGGAGUGUGGGCGGGGCUUUACACUGAAGUCACACCUCACCGGGCACCAGAGGACACACACAGGGGAGAAGCCCUAUGUCUGCAGGGAGUGUGGGCGGGGCUUUACAGUGAAGUCACACCUCACCCAGCACCAGAGGACACACACAGGGGAGAAGCCCUAUGUCUGCAGGGAGUGUGGGCGGGGCUUUACAUGGAAGUCAGACCUCACCCGGCACCAGAGGACACACACAGGGGAGAAGCCCUAUGUCUGCAGGGAGUGUGGGCGGGGCUUUACAGUGAAGUCACACCUCACCCGGCACCAGAGGACACACACAGGGGAGAAGCCCUAUGUCUGCAGGGAGUGUGGGCGGGGCUUUACACUGAAGUCACACCUCACCGGGCACCAGAGGACACACACAGGGGAGAAGCCCUAUGUCUGCAGGGAGUGUGGGCGGGGCUUUACAGUGAAGUCACACCUCACCGGGCACCAGAGGACACACACAGGGGAGAAGCCCUAUGUCUGCAGGGAGUGUGGGCGGGGCUUUACACAGAAGUCACACCUCACCCAGCACCAGAGGACACACACAGGGGAGAAGCCCUAUGUCUGCGGGGAGUGUGGGCGGGGUUUUACAGUGAAGUCACACCUCACCUGGCACCAGAGGACACACACUGGGGAGAAGCCCUAAGCCUGCAGGGAAUGUGAGCAGGGCUUUAGAUUGAAAUCAAGCUUCAGGGAACACCGGAGGGCACACACAGAACAAGCCAAGCCACUACUCAACAACCAUAGAAAUGACAAAUGUAGCACAUCUCGAUAGUCUAGCUCUGAUAAGGCUUCAGAGGAAGUCUAUUAGCCCUUUACAGUCAGUCCCCAAGAGUGCAAUGUGAUUAGAAAUAAUAGAUUAAAUAAGUCCUCCACUUGCAUGUUAAGGCAUGAAAUUAAAAACCAGAAAUUUCUUCAGUAUUCAAGGGAUGUUCACUUACUGUUACCAAACUGUUCUCUCUUUGUGUUCUUGCUUCAUGUCCUAAUAAAUGUUCUGUUCCUACAAAUCCAGAGAUGGUGU